AUGGCAGUCUGUUGCGAUGGCUGGAGUGUCUGCCUAGGUGGCCUCGAGGUGCUCAGCGACGUGCUUGGCGCCACGAGUGGAGAGAAUCAGGAACCUAACAACCGCGAUAGCAGCUGUUACUCUCUUCAGGAGUUGAACAGGAUGUCCACGGUCUCACACCAGUCAAAAUUUGGAUCCCUCUUUGUCCGAUGGAGGACGGAGGAAGAGAACACGGAGAUGGGUUACGUUGGCCAAAAGAAACAGGGGCAAGCUCCUGUUUUGUGUCAUUCACUGAGGGCAGAUUCAGGAGACCGUGGGAGAAAGUAUGUUUCACAAAGAGGGAAGGUGGUGAAGAAACAGGCCGAGACCAACUGUUCUGGAACAGAGAACCGUGUGUGUAUUUUGCCAAGGGGAAGGAGCCAGUGCGGUGGAGCGGGUAGUGGAGGAGCAGUGUCUGAAGACCUGGAAAGGAGGAGCACUGACCCAGCACGAGGGGAGACUGAGGCCACAGGACUGAGGAGCGAGCAGAGGUGGAGAAGGUUCGGAGCUGGGCUGUUUCCCUGCUGCUUCUGUGCCUUCGUCACCUGCACCCCACAACCCAGCCUCCGAGGCUGCUCCCCGACCCUACAGCCGCCACAGGCUGCGGGCCAGGAGUCUGACUGUGACCAGAGGGGGGCAGGACACUUACAGAUAGGAAGAGGGGCACAAGUCCGGGCCAGGAGGGACAGAAGGAGGAAAGAAGACAGGCGACCAAAGCAGUUCUGGAUUGAAGAAGGAAGGAAGUUCAAGGACUCUGUGAUGGGCCUGACUCUCAACAAAGUGAGGGCAGACCUGGGAGGAAGGAGCGUGGGGAAGGUUCCAGGACCAUGUGAUGGGAGGUUCCCUGGAGGUGACCACGAAGGCAGAGGAGCAACACCGAGGGCCAGCCGAGGCUCUGUGCACACGCAGCGCUGGGCUCAGAGAACACAGAUGGAGACUCACCCAAAUGGCUCUAAGAAGGCACAUCUGGCAGGAGGGCAAGAAGCAGUUUCAAGGGACUAAUGGCGAUGAAUUGGCAGCUGCCUACAUUUGCAGGUGCGCUAAAAAGAGAGGCAAGGCAGGCCUGAAGUGGGGGUCAAGGCACUGGAGGUGCAAAGGCAGCCCAGAGAGGGGAUG